UAUGUUUUGUAUGGUGUUGAUUUGCAUGGCUUUUAGCCAGCCUCGCCAUCCAUGAUAUUGAUGGUAAUGAUGUGAGAUAUAUCUAGCUAGCUAGUUUGGUUUAGGCCAAGAAACAUUCUACAUUACAAAAUUAUGCUAGAAGACAAAAAAGAAGGACCUCCUUCACCUUUACUUUUCACACCUCAAGUUUUAAAACAGAACAGAAUUGAAAAAAGUUUGUCUUCUGUUUGUAAUAAAACACUUGGGUUGCGUAGCAUACUCAGAACACCCAAUGUGCAAGACAUGUCCCUAGAUGGAGAUACUCAUACAGAAUCUUUGGUCAGUACAAAAAAGAAAGUAAAACUUUGUGCGUUUCCUAACAUUUUGUCUUCAUCCAAGAAAACAAGACUGUCAUCACCUUUUGAGAAUUUUUCCCAAAUGACUCCGUUAAUACUAAAAAGGAGACUGUCAAACAACUAUUCAAAGCGUUUUUCUAGACAUUUAUCAUUAAAUGCAUUGUUAGAUCCAGAUGUGGAACCAGUUUGGUCAAAUGAUAUGGCAACACCCCCCAAAGACAAUAACAGAAAUGAAACAGAAGCUGAUGUGAAAAAGAAUGAUUCAAAUGCUGAACUUUGCGAUGGACAAAAAAAGAGUGUUGCAAGAGUGUUAUUUGAUGCAAAUGAAGCAAAUAGAAAUUCCUCAAGUGUUACAUUUUUUGGUGAGAUGAACAUGGACGAUUUUGGUGAUGAAGAUGAAAAUGAAAGUCCUGCUUCUCCAACUAUGAUUUUAUCUGCCACAGGCUUCCCAAAGGAAAGAGACUAUACAAAUAAUUCUCUUGCAGAAAUUGAAAAACCGACCCAGUUGUCCCCUAGUGUCAUGAAAAAUAGCAAAUUUCCUGAGAAUAGCAUUACAUUAUUCGAGGAAGUGCCUUCUGUCGAUUUAUCAAAGUCUGAUGAUUUGUUAAUUUCACCUCCUGUUGUUUCCUUUGACUUAUUCAAAAAAGAACCUAACUUGUUUUUGUCUAGAAAAAGGAAGAGAAUUGAUACAACUGAAUCGUCAGGCAUUGGAACAUUAGAGGGAACAACUAUUGAGAAAAACUGUAAUAGUAAAAUAGAGCCUGAUAAUUGUUUUAUUUCACCACCAUUAUUUAUAGACAAAAAAACUCUCCCGUGGGAGAUGGAAACAGAUAUGAAAAUUAUGUCACAAUCCACUCCUAUAGUCCCCUCUAUAGCAGCUAUGAAAAAACACCUGUCAUUAAAACCAAGGAACAAAAAUCCACCUGCAUUAAAGCAAAAUAGAAAAUUAGACUUCGAUGAUAACAAUGUCAAACACGAUAUAAAAAAAUUAACAAACACAAAAGGAACACCUGCUUUGUCAUAUUUAACAAAUGAACAUGUAUUGAAUGAGUUAAUGGAUUUCAAUUCUUUUACUAAUACCAAUAGCAAAACCACUGAUAAUUCUGAGAUGGGAGGCGAGCCAUUGUCACCUGCAAUGACCAGUAAUUACAAAUCUGUUUCUUCAUUGCCAACAUCACCAUCAGUGAUAGAUGACACGUUGAAGUCUUUAUUUAAUUCAGGUUCUCUUGAUUCUUUAUGUAACAUCAGUGAGUCUGCUCUCCUUAAUCAUGCCGAUGACAAAAUCCAAAAUAAUACUACACUUUCAGUUGAUGCUGACGAUAUAUGUGACGAUAGCAGCUUACAUCAUACUAGUGACAAUACAAGAGUAGACUUGUUCAAAUUUCAAUCUAAAAGUUCUUUUAAAUUUGAAGACAAUGAAAAAAGUAGGACGUUUUUGUAUCCAAAAGCAAAAAAAAGAAGGAAACAAUAUAUAAGUUUUGACAAUGUAUCCAAUCUCGAAACAAAUUAUUACCCUAAUACUGUUUCUAUUGACCGCAUAGAUAGUAUACUGGCUGAGAAAGGCAAGCCCUCAACAGCAGUUCGAAGUAGAACACCUUUUUUCAAGCAUGGCUUUGAAAAAGAAAUUAAAAAAGAAGUGUAUGUUGACAUGGACGAUCUGUCACAAAUAAAUAUUGAAGAGUUGAAUGAACAAAGUCUUUUACAUGAACACUUACAUGAGAUUGAGCAGUUUAACAGACUUGAUGCAGAUUUCAAAAAGAAAGAUGACAUGUUAGAGAAUUUUAGGGAAACUUCUAAAAAAUUAUUUAAAAAGAAAGACAUUGCUUUACAAGAAGAUAAGCCUGCCGACUUUUAUGGUCUUGGAAAGAAAGUUGAAAUAUCAGAAAAAUCUUUAAAGGCUGCUAAGAAAUUGUUAGAUGAUGAAGAAACAACAUUUGGAGAAGAAAAGCCUGUAGACUUUUGUGGAUUUCAAACAGGUUUAGGAAAGAAAGUUAAAAUAUCCGAAAAAUCUCUGAAAGCUGCUAAGAAAUUGUUAGAUGAUGAAGAAACAACAUUUGGAGAAGAGAAGCCUGCAGACUCUUGUGGAUUUCAAACAGGUCUUGGAAAGAAAGUUGAAAUAUCCGAAAAAUCUCUGAAAGCUGCUAGGAAAUUGUUAGAUGAUGAAGAAACAGUAUUUAAAGAAGAGAAGCCUGCAGACUUUUGUGGAUUUCAAACAGGUUUAGGAAAGAAAGUUAAAAUAUCAGAAAAAUCUCUGAAAGCUGCUAGGAAAUUGUUAGAUGAUAAAGAAACAGUAUUUAAAGAAGAGAAGCCUGCAAACUUUUGUGGAUUUCAAACAGGUUUAGGAAAGAAAGUUAAAAUAUCAGAAAAAUCUCUGAAAGCUGCUAAGAAAUUGUUAGAUGAUGAAGAAACAGCAUUUAAAGAAGAGAAGCCUGCAGACUUUUGUGGAUUUCAAACAGGUCUUGGAAAGAAAGUUGAAAUAUCCGAAAAAUCUCUGAAAGCUGCUAGGAAAUUGUUAGAUGAUGAAGAAACAGUAUUUAAAGAAGAGAAGCCUGCAGACUUUUGUGGAUUUCAAACAGGUUUAGGAAAGAAAGUUAAAAUAUCAGAAAAAUCUCUGAAAGCUGCUAGGAAAUUGUUAGAUGAUGAAGAAACAGCAUUUAAAGAAGAGAAGCCUGCAGACUUUUGUGGAUUUCAAACAGGUCUUGGAAAGAAAGUUGAAAUAUCCGAAAAAUCUCUGAAAGCUGCUAGGAAAUUGUUAGAUGAUGAAGAAACAACAUUUGGAGAAGAGAAGCCUGGAGACUUUUGUAGAUUUCAAACAGGUCUUGGAAAGAAAGUUGAAAUAUCCGAAAAAUCUCUGAAAGCUGCUAGGAAAUUGUUAGAUGAUGAAGAAACAACAAUUGAAGAAGAAAAGCCUGGAGACUGUUGUGGAUUUCAAACAGGUCUUGGAAAGAAGGUUGAAAUAUCAGAAAAAUCUAUGAAAGCUGCUAAGAAAUUGUUAGAUGAUGAAGAAACAACAUUUUCAGAAGAUAAGUCUGCUGAGUCUUGUGGAUUUCAAACAGGUCUUGGAAAGAAGGUUGAAAUAUCCGAAAAAUCUAUGAAAGCUGCCAAGAAAUUGUUAAAUAACGAGGAAGCCGAUGUAAUGAAACCAGAUAUGAUCUGUGACAAGUCAAUGAAUGGUAAAAUACGCACCAACCAAUCAACAUCAUGUGCUAAUUCUACAAAUCAUGAUAGAAAUGAUACAUGUAUUAAAGUGGAUGAAGUAUCGCUUAGAGGAUUGCAGAAUCUUCCAUCCUUUCAUUUUACACCUCGUUUAAAAACUUUCAGUAAAAAGAAGAGAAAGAUAUUGUAUACAUCUCCUGCAAUGUACGAGACUGACAGAAGUGCAAGUCUGGCUGUCCCUUUAAUUGCUAAGUAUCCUUCUACAGAUGCAAGCAUCGAAAGAGUUGCUGAAGAAUCGUUAAAUAAACAAAAGAAAGUAUUUAUCACACCUUUCAAAUGUAUGAAACAAACUAAUGAAGAAGAAAACAAUUGCACGAAGAAGAACGAAAGAAAGAGAUUCUCCUAUUGCCCAUUUCGAAGGAAAAGAGUUAAGCUUGAUAUAGACGAUAGCAAAUCGAGUCCCACACAAAUACCUCGCCAAACUGCCGGUCGUUUAUACUCCAUGAAAAAGAAUUGUAAAACUAGCAUAGCUGAGUUUGUGAAUUAUGUGGCACCUCAAGACUGGAGCAGAAAAGAGCUGCAUGAUUAUGGAAUAACGGAUUCAUUGAUUGAUGUUGACAGUGGGAAUGCAUUGUCGUACACAUUUGACGCGAAAAUUCAUUUCAGUGAAUGUGUUCUACAAAACAAUUUUGCAAUAAUUGGUGAUGGUAUCAAAAUUAAUUUCAGUGAUGAAAUGGUAAUUGGUGUUGAAGAAUUUUGCAGGGCGUUUUUGAACUGUAAAGAAGUCGAUAGCAAGUUAGUUAAUAAAGCAUGGAUUGAGAAUCAUUAUAGAUGGAUAGUCUGGAAACUGGCCAGUUAUGAACGAAGGUUUCCUGAACAGUUCUCAAACAGGUGUCUUUCUCCCUCUAAUGUGAUGUAUCAUCUGAAAUACAGAUAUGAUAAAGAGAUUGAUCUUGCUGAAAGAUGCUGUUUAAAACGUAUUUACGAGCGUGAUGAUAUAUCAACAAGGCGUAUGGUAUUAUCUGUAAGCGAUAUACCGAAAGAAGAAAAUAUAAACGAGAAAAACGUACAAGGGACGAAAAAAGUUAUCGAGCUGACAGAUGGCUGGUAUCCAAUAAAAGCAAUACUAGAUCAACCUUUAUCGCAUUUUUUGGAGAAUGGAAUUGUCAAAAUUGGUACGAAGCUUCUUAUCUAUGGUGCUGAGUUAACUGGUUCAAAUCAAGGUUGCUUACCAUUGGAGGCUCCAGACACGUUAAUGCUCCAACUGUAUACAAAUUCAACUAGAAGAGCCAGCUGGGAAGCAAAACUUGGAUACCAAUUUCCCAAGAUAGCAUUUUGCGUACCUCUCAAGUCGUUAUAUGCACAAGGAGGCGCUGCCGGUUGUGUUAACAUCAAAAUUUUGAGAAAAUACCCAAUGCAAUGGAUGGAAAAAAUCGAAGGAAGAUGUAUUUUUCGUAAUAAACACAUGGAAGAACUAGAGCAAAAGAAAUAUCUUGAAAAGAAACAACAAAAAAUGGAAGAUGUGUAUAAUAAAAUCCAACAAACGUUAGAAAAUACACCCAAAAAAGCUAACAGACGAAAAAAACGUUUAAAAUAUUCAACAGAGGAUAUUAAAAGAUUAAGUUGCGGUAAAACAAUUUGUGACAUGUUGGAGAAUUCUGUUGAUCCAUCAUCGGUCGAGAGUUUACUUACUUCCAGUCAAAAAGAACUUGCAGCUAGUUAUAAACGUACACAAGCUGAUGCCCUGCAAGCUAAACUGAUGGAUAUGUUUAAUAGUGAAUGGAAAACGACUUUAGAAGAUUUUCCUGAAAGAACCUCGAUAGAAUUACAACGUUACAGAGUAGCUGAUAACUAUAAAACAUCCGGCCAACAAAAACAAGAUUAUAUCCUAACAGUUUGGAAACCUACGCACGACAUUAAAGAGACUUGGAAAGAAGGAGUGUCACUUUCUAUCUUUCAUUUAAACGUUGCACAGUCGAGAUAUAAGCAAGUUUCUGGACACCUGCAAUUGUCGACAACAAACAACACCAAAUAUCAAGUUAACCUCGAUGAUAAUGCGCUGUAUACUCCACGCCAUGUUCGUUCCAUAGAAGACUUGUACUCGACAUCAUCGAUAGCGUUCAACGAAGUCGACGUCGUUGGUUGCGCCGUUAAAAUAGUGCCGGAUAAAGUUGCUAAGGGCUGUGAACAAACUGUUUAUAUAUGCGAUGAAACAAGACGUUUUCUGGCUGUCAAAUUUUGGGGCGGCUUACAGACCUAUAACUUAGAGGGGUUCAUAGACGAAGGCUCAAUACUAGCGUUCACAAGUUUGACCUGGCCAAAGUAUAUCAUUCCGGACAAAAACAAAAUUAUCCAUGUUACAUUCACCGAUUUUUCUUCUAUGUCUCGAAAUCCCAAAGAAUCUUACCUCAAGGAUGCGUUCCAGUCAUGCAAGAAACAAAUCAGCAGUUCAUUUUUGGUCGAUAUUAAAGUCCGAUUAAAUGAAGUAUUACAACCGGGAGAUAGACCUCUUCGAUCAGUCACAAACACAACAAACAAACCAAGUUGUAUUCAACCUCCCAUCUCUAAAAUUAAGAUCAUGUCUUCCCACAAUAAAUCCAUUGAAACACACACCACAACACUGCCACAAACAUUAACACGAAAUUCAUCUGAGAACUUACCCUCUGAAAAACUUCAGACGCGUCAUAAACUUCAAAUUAAAAAACGAUUAACGUUAGAGCGUUACCGGGAGCCGCCAUGCUUGAGUCCGUUGUCGAAUUAUGAUGAAUCUGUUAUAAAGUCACAGUUUACUCGACCUUAUAGAGGAAAAAGAUAACAUCGUGUGUAGAAAUCAUCCCGAUAAUACAAUAGUGAUUUAUGUCGUCUAAAAACAAAUUAUAAGGAAUGCGAUAUGUCUUUCUUGAAUCCUGCUUAUUUUGAAAAACUUUCCUGCUGAAAGAAAUAUCUGUAACUAUUGUUUACAUUCUCUUAGAAUUGAUUUAGUUUAUUUUUAUAGUACUUAGUUGCGUUUCCUGCUGCGUUAUGUUUUGUUAAUUGAUCUUGCAGUCUAUCCCACAGCAUCUAUAAUACCUCCCUAUUAUUCAUCCCACCCACUUAAAUAGCCAUCCUAACCUUUUUUUUCUGUACGGAAAUACCCCAUUAGCACCCAUAUCCCAUGUUUUGAUAGAUAUAUUUUAUGAAUCCCUUUCCCAGUCCAUUUUGAGACAUGUUGCUCAAUUUUUACAUGCCAACUGUAUGAACCGCAAAUCCACUCGCUAAAAUUACACAAUUUUGACGUAAAUACGUUGAAUUUUGGUUGUUUGAUUUUAUGUUAUUGAGGCAGGUUUGUAAAUAAUUUUUAGAUACAUUUCUUAAAAUUUUAUUUUUAAAAGUUAUGUAAAUAUGGAUGCAAGAUAGAUAUAUUUCAAAUUUGCUAUUUAAA